AUGACAUUCGCAUAAACGCCGCAAUUGGGAAGAAGCUUGCAAAAAAAAUAGAAGACGGAAUUGGAAUAGAUUUUGUUUAAAAUUAAUUAGUAUUUGGUAAAGCGAAAAGAAACACAGACUAGCACAAUGUUGAUCAAAGUAAAGACAUUGACGGGCAAGGAAAUCGAGAUUGACAUUGAACCCACAGACAAGGUGGAUCGCAUCAAGGAGCGUGUGGAGGAAAAAGAAGGCAUACCUCCGCAGCAACAGCGUCUCAUCUUUUCCGGCAAACAAAUGAACGAUGACAAAACUGCGGCGGAUUACAAAGUGCAAGGUGGCUCCGUGCUGCAUUUGGUGUUGGCUCUGCGAGGUGGCAACUAGAACUGGAACUCAUUAUAGUAAAUUUGGUCAUUAAGUCAUUUUCACUUCUUCCCACUUCAACAAAUUAUGUUGCACUCUG